GUGAUUAGAAUGAUCAAUCCCUGAGCACGUGGCUGUCGAAGCGCUAAGAGUCAACGCUGCGGCGCCGGAUCCAACUCUACCCACCAUGGGAUGAAAGCAGAAGCAAAAGGACUGUGGGCCCGCGAGAUCCUUCUCUCGCCAGUGGUCUUUGUCUCUCGUCGUGCGUGAGGAUAUUCACAUGCCAGUCUGUGUGUCCGGACCAGGGGAGAGGAAAGCAGGGCACAUGGAUGUUGGAGAGGGGCGGCAGACAGAUCACUCUGUGGUCAUUCAACGUGUGCGCUGUUUGUGUCUCCCACCGUGCCGGUCCUGGGGAAGGCGGAAGGGAAGUGUAGGUAAUGUGCAAUGGGAUCAAUGGGAUCAAUGGUCUGAAGACGAAAGAAAUGCCCCGAUCACUCCACAUUCCUCAAUCCUCGAUCGCGCGAUUCGACGCGAAGCGAAAGAGGCUUUCCACUCAGUCCUCAUUGGCAUGUGCUUGCGCGCCUCUACUGCGACGAGGCGUACUUAUCACGACAUAUGUUACAUGCGUCUUCCUGUACAUACCGUCCGUACGUUCCCAGAGUACCCAACCAUUACACCCGAACCUGCAGCUGUCACGCGCGCGUAUUGUGACGCAGGAACAACAACUUCGGACGUGAUUGGACUCGCCCUGUAUGCCACCUGCCGCCGAAUCACCAUUGGAAAUUUGCUGGGGCCACAGUCAACAGAAUGUGGAAGGAGGGAACUUCUCAAUUGGGAUUGAGGGGGUUGGGGUUCGGCUGGUUGGUUGGCUGGCUGCGACUCGCCCGCGCGGUCAGGCGGAACUCGUUCAAUGUGUGCAUUUGUAUACACUGCAUUGGUUAGCUCUCAUCUACCGGGAGUGGUGUUGAUGACAAUGACGAUGAGGAGCCUUUGUAACGGUGUGAAUGUCA